AUGGUGUUUGGGUGCUCACACAAGACACACGUGUUCUUCGGAAUCCUCGGCAUGGACAAGCGGCCCGUUUCUCUAAUUAGCCAGAUGAGGGAAAAAGUCAAGGAACGUUACUCUUACUGCCUUCACAAGGGUCAUGGCAUGUUAAGAUUCGGGGACGACAUACCACAAGUCACAAAAGAUUACAAAACAACAAAGUUAUUAAAUCCUUUGCACCCUUCUGUGUACGUAGGCUUAACGGACAUAAGUGUGGUUGGUAAGAGGCUAGGGCUCUCUGCGGGUACGAUUUCGAACCGAAGUGAAUGUUUACUCAUCGACACAGGGGUUCAGUUCACGAUCCUCCAGAGUUACACUUAUGACAAGGUAAUAAAAGCUUUUAAGGGUUAUUACGGCGAUAGGCUUAAACAGGUGAAAAUGCCGGGAUGGGGCCUCUGCUAUAGGCACAAUUCGAGUAUGAGAAGCAAUGCCAGCAUGACUUUUCAUCUUGAGGGGGGUGACUACAUGACGAACGAUAUGUUUGUGGACCCCAUUAUAGGCAUUAUGUGCCUUGCAUUGGUCUCGAACAAUUAUGUCGAUACUCGGAGCCAUGCAUCAUCGCAAUAA